AUGAACAACAACAAUAGAGCGAGAUUUCCACCUCCCGGGAUCGGUCCCGGACGCGGAGGGGCGAAUCCCAACGUGAAUCUGAACCAGAAUCCGAACCUGAACAAUCAGUUUCAGCAAAGACCACCAUACCACCACCAUAACCAACAACAGCACCAGCAGCAACAGCACCAGCACCAGCAGUACUAUGCGCAGAGACAAAUGGUGCAGCAACAUCAGCCGCCACAGCAGCAGCAGCAACACCACCAGCAGCAACAACAGUGGCUGAGGAGGGCGCAGUUGGGUGGUUCGGAAUCCAACGCCGCUGACGAGGUCGAGAAGACCGUGCAGUCUGAAGCCAUUGAUUCUAGUUCUCAAGACUGGAAGGCCGGACUAAAGAUUCCACCAGCGGAUACACGCUAUAGGACAGAGGAUGUUACAGCAACUAAAGGAAACGAAUUUGAGGAUUACUUUUUGAAACGGGAGCUGCUCAUGGGAAUAUAUGAGAAGGGUUUUGAAAGACCUUCCCCCAUCCAAGAAGAAAGCAUUCCAAUUGCUCUUACCGGCAGUGACAUUCUUGCCAGGGCUAAAAAUGGAACUGGCAAAACAGCUGCAUUUUGCAUUCCUGCAUUGGAAAAAAUUGAUCAGGAUAAUAAUGUUAUUCAAGUUGUUAUCUUGGUCCCAACACGUGAGUUGGCUUUGCAAACAUCUCAAGUGUGUAAAGAGCUUGGAAAGCAUUUGAAAAUCCAAGUUAUGGUUACAACAGGAGGGAGGAUAUUGGAUCUUACUAAGAAGGGUGUUUGCGUUCUUAAGCAUUGCUCAAUGCUGGUAAUGGAUGAGGCUGAUAAGCUUCUCUCCCCAGAGUUCCAGCCUUCGAUUCAGCAACUGAUUCAUUUUCUUCCAACAACCCGUCAAAUCCUGAUGUUUUCAGCAACAUAUCCUGUUACUGUGAAGGACUUCAAAGAUAGGUUUCUUAACAAACCAUAUGUCAUUAACCUUAUGGAUGAGCUCACUCUGAAGGGUAUUACACAGUUUUAUGCAUUUGUGGAAGAGAGACAGAAAGUCCAUUGCUUAAAUACUCUCUUUUCUAAGCUACAAAUAAACCAGUCAAUUAUCUUCUGCAACUCCGUGAAUCGGGUUGAACUCCUUGCCAAGAAAAUCACCGAACUGGGGUAUUCAUGUUUCUAUAUUCACGCAAAGAUGCUGCAAGACCAUCGUAAUAGAGUAUUUCAUGAUUUCCGUAAUGGUGCAUGCCGAAAUCUUGUCUGUACUGACCUUUUUACUAGGGGAAUAGACAUCCAAGCAGUUAAUGUUGUUAUUAACUUUGAUUUUCCCAAGAACUCUGAAACUUAUUUGCACAGGGUUGGUCGUUCAGGGAGAUUUGGCCACCUUGGUUUAGCGGUGAACUUGAUCACUUACGAGGACCGCUUUAAUUUAUAUAGGAUUGAACAAGAACUUGGCACUGAAAUAAAGCAAAUUCCGCCACACAUUGAUCAAGCAUUUUAUUGCCGGUGA